CUCGGGGCUCGGGCCAUGCCCGACCGGGACAGACCGGGCCCCACUGCUCUCCCUUGUCCGCAUCCCCAGCUCCAGGGGACCCUUCAGCAGCCGCUCUCGUUCCUCCCCCCGGCCCCAGCCCGGCCCCGCUCUCACCAUGGCGGCGGCCGCCGGCGCCGCGGUCUCCCGGCAACGGUCGGGAAGAUCUCGCGAGAGGAAAGUGAAAUCUCGCGGGAGGUGCGCUGCGGGAUACGCCCCCUAGCAACGCCACGCUCCGCCCUGGCAACGGGGGCGGGGCCGGCGGGGGAUCCAGGGCGGGAUCGAGGGGACACCGGGGGAAAGCGGGGGAGUUCGGGGGGAUCAGGGGGACCGGGCGGAUCGGGGGGAUCCCGCUGUGCUCGGCACAGCCCCGUCCAUCCCCGCGCCCACCUCCGCGACCGGGCUGCCCCCGCGGCUGGGGUCCCCCGGCUCCGCUCCCGCAUCUCCGGGAUUCCCGCGGCACCCCUGGUCCCCUGUGCCCCCCGUUCUCCCCGGUCCCUCCCGCGCCCUCCCCCGUCCCCCUCGUGCCUCCCGCCCAUCCCGGUGUCCCCGCCCAUCCCGGUGUCCCCGCCCCCGCCGCGGCGGACAGGACCGUGCGGGCUGCGGGCUGGCAUCGGGCCCGCCCCGCCCAGCACCGGACACCCGGACCCGGACCCGGCCCAUGGCGGCUCCGGCAGCGGCCGCCACCGCAGGCAGCCGGUGAGCCCAGGCUGGAGUGAGUGCUGUGGCCGGUGGCACGGCCGGUGGCACGGCGGGACCAUGCAGGCAGAGGCCAGAGGGGAAUUCUGCGGCCGGGACCAGCGCCCUGGUGCUGGUGUGGCAGAGCUCAGCAAGGAGACACUGGCCGUGGAGCGCCCGGCGGGGACCCCCACCCAUGGGCCAACCCAGGAGGCCCCUCGAGUUCCCCCAGAAGAGCAGGGUGGCAUCCCUAUCCCCAGUGCUGGGCUGCUGCAGGUCACCGAGCGUCGACAGCCCCUGAGCAGCGUGUCCUCGUUGGAGGUGCACUUCGACCUGCUGGACCUGACAGAGCUGACGGACAUGUCGGACCAGGAGCUGGCCGAGGUCUUCGCCGACUCCGACGAGGAGAACGCGGCCGGAGAGACUCCUGGCGGGCUGCAGCCGCCGCCGGUGCCGCGGGCCGGGUACCUGCGCUCGCCCUCCUGGACCCGCGCGCGGGAGCAGGGCCGGGACAAGAAGCACCUGAGUGACCCUGAGCUGCCGCCGGGACCCCCGGACGCCUUCCUGCCCGCCGAGCGCCCGCGGGAGCCGUAGGGACAGGACCUCCCGGGGGACACCGGGACACACCGGUGCUGCUCCCGUCGGUACCGAUGGAGCCCGUCCCCGGGCGCAGGACUCCCGUUAGCCCGCCCGGAGGGCAGAGGCGACCCCAACCCCGCGGCGGGAGGCACUGGGGCCGCCCACAGCCGGUGACCCGCGGCUUCGGGGGGAACCGGUCCGGCCCCGCCGAGCCUCGGGGACGGCACGGCUCCGGUUGCCGGGAGCGGCGGGUGAGGCAGGACGGGACGGGUCGAACGGCCCAGCCCGGCCCGGCGGAGCGCGGCCGGUGCCGGUGCCCUCCCGGUUCUGAUGUAGCAGCGCUGUGAUCCGGUAAAACUGACCGACCGACAC